UAACGCAGAUGACGUGUCUAGUCCGCUGCAGAAACUAGGUUAUCCAGGCACAGGCUGUGACAGCAACCUGAUGUCAGCUAUCUACUCUCUGGUCUUCGUAGAUGCUAGUUAAUUUGAGGAUCCGGGUGUAGCUAUAUAAUAUUGACGCAUAAGAUUGGUUGUCGAUCGAAAAAGGAAGAUGAGUGGGUCUCAUAGAGCUCGGUCUGUAGAAUUUUCUCUCAUCUGCGGAGCUCUCCUCCUUCUGCGCGGAGCUACAAGUUUCUACCUUCCGGGUCUGGCUCCUGUCAGUUUUUGUAAGCCUGGCAAAGCUGAAGGCGACAAAGAUGUGCCGGACUGCAAGACUUCCAUCGAGUUGUUUGUCAACAGGUUGGAUUCAGUGGAGUCUGUGCUGCCUUAUGAGUACACAGCGUUUGACUUUUGUUCAGAUGUGAAAGAGCAGCGACCCUCUGAGAAUUUAGGUCAGGUCCUGUUCGGAGAGAGAAUCGAACCUUCUCCUUACAAGUUUAACUUCCUGGAGAAGAAGGAGUGUGAGAAGGUGUGCACCAAGGAGUAUGACACGUCGAAGCAAGAGGACAAGUCCAAACUGGACUUCCUGAAGAAGGGCAUGCUGUUAAAUUACCAGCACCACUGGAUUGUUGACAACAUGCCGGUCACAUGGUGCUAUGACGUGGAGGACGGACAGAAGUUUUGCAAUCCGGGCUUCCCCAUUGGCUGCUACGUAACAGAGGCGGGGCGGCCCAAAGACGCAUGUGUGGUCAAUUCUGACUUCAACGACAAGGACACGUUCUACAUCUUCAACCACGUGGACAUCAGCAUCCACUACCAUGUGGUGGAGAACGAGGACGCCGGAGCCAGGCUGGUGGCUGCCAAGAUGGAGCCCAAGAGCUUCAAGCACACCAAUGUGGAGUCUCCAGACUGCUCAGGGGGUCCCAUGGAUCUCAGCAACAAGUUCACCGGCCAAAUCAAGAUCCCCUACACGUACUCUGUUCGCUUUGUGGAGGAUACUAAUAUUAGAUGGGCCUCUCGCUGGGACUACAUCCUGGAGUCUAUGCCUCAUACCAACAUCCAAUGGUUUAGCAUAAUGAACUCUCUGGUGAUUGUGCUGUUCCUGUCUGGCAUGGUGGCCAUGAUCAUGCUGAGGACGCUACACAAGGACAUCGCUCGCUACAACCAGAUGGAUUCAGUGGAGGAUGCCCAGGAGGAGUUUGGGUGGAAGCUGGUUCAUGGAGACGUGUUCCGCCCCCCCAGGAAGGGCAUGCUGCUCUCGGUGUUCCUGGGAUCAGGGACUCAGAUCUUCAUCAUGACCUUCGUCACCCUCUUCUUCGCCUGCCUGGGCUUCCUGUCUCCAGCCAAUCGCGGGGCGCUGAUGACGUGUGCGGUGGUGCUGUGGGUGCUACUGGGCACGCCUGCUGGCUACGUGGCCGCACGCUUCUACAAAUCAUUUGGAGGAGAGAAGUGGAAGACCAACGUUCUCCUGACAGCGUUCCUCUGUCCAGGGGUGGUGUUCGCUGACUUCUUUGUGAUGAACCUGAUCCUGUGGGGCGAGGGCUCAUCUGCAGCGAUGCCCUUUGGCACCCUGGUGGCCAUCCUGGCUCUCUGGUUCUGCAUCUCCGUACCCCUCACCUUCCUGGGGGCGUACUUUGGCUUCAAGAAGACCGGCAUUGAGCACCCGGUGCGAACCAACCAGAUCCCCCGUCAGAUCCCGGAGCAGUCGUUCUACACCAAGCCCGUCCCCGGCAUCAUCAUGGGGGGCAUCCUGCCCUUCGGCUGCAUCUUCAUCCAGCUCUUCUUCAUCCUCAACAGCAUCUGGUCUCACCAGAUGUACUACAUGUUUGGCUUCCUGUUCCUGGUCUUCAUCAUCCUGGUCAUCACCUGCUCCGAGGCCACAAUCCUGCUCUGCUACUUCCACCUGUGUGCCGAGGACUACCACUGGCAGUGGCGUUCCUUCCUGACCAGCGGCUUUACGGCGGUCUACUUCCUGGUCUACGCCAUCCACUACUUCUUCUCCAAGCUGCAGAUCAGCGGUCUGGCCUCCAUCAUACUGUACUUUGGCUACACCAUGAUCAUGGCCCUGAUCUUCUUCCUUUUCACUGGUACCAUUGGGUUCUUCGCCUGUUUCUGGUUUGUAACGAAGAUCUACAGCGUGGUCAAGGUGGACUGAAGUCAGCCCCGCCCCGCCCCAGCUCUCCUCAACCCUGAGGUCUCCUCUGACUCUCCUCAGCCACAGUCUCCAUACAACCAAACACUACAAGUAUCCAUUCCACGGCCUGUCAACUGUGUGUGUGUGUUUGCCAUGAACACACACACACACACGGGCAACCCCCCCCCCCCCCAACCUCCCCCAGAUUUAAUCGGAAAGUAAGCGAGACACCAUAGUUCUCUGGAGACAUACGGAGGAUGACAUCGUCGAACCCCCCAGCCCCCCCCCCCCCCCCCCUCAUACUCCAUGAGAGAGAUGGGAUAGGAAAGGCGCCCCCAGCGUUUCCACGGGGACAUUUGCUUCAAAUGCUGCCUGAGUUUAUUGUGCUAUUAUGCAGUGUAGUGACCCCUCCACAGGAGCCCCCAGGCGCAGGGUCAAGUCCGCUCUGCGUCGCCGCCCAGGCGUCCAGGGUUUGGGGAGUCGUGCUGAUUGAUUGUAAAUAACUUUUUUUGUUUUUGUUUUUUUCUAAUGUUGAACCGAAUUGAGGAUGAGCCUUCAAAGGAAUUCACCCUGUUACCAUGGACACACAUUUCUCCUGUUUGUCUUAUCUGGUAUUUAUUUACUUUCUGGGGUUGUUUCAAUGUUUAUGUUUUGUUUGUUUCCUGUUUUUUGGGGGGUUGUUACAUAUGCAUAAGUAUUAACCAGCGGGAGGGGUCUCUGUUAUUUAAUGUUUUAUUAUUAUAAGUCUCCGUUUUUUUUGUGGCUUUUUUUCUUUCUACGCCUCUUCACUCUUGUGCCUCACUGCUCGCUGGUUGGCUGAAGCCCAGAGUCACGCCAUCAUCCAUUCAUUCAGAAGUCUAUUCAGUCAUACAUUCAGAUAUUCAAACAGCUAAUUCAUCCAUCAGUUCACUCAUUCAUUCAUUCAUUCAUUCAUUCAGUUGUAGGGAGAUCCAUAUCCUGUGUUUGUGUAUAUAAACUCUCAUAACCUCUAGUGGUGUCAAGGCCAAAGAAGGAGUUCCUUCUCUGCUCAAUUUACUUUGAAUAAUGUAAUUACGACCAGAACACAAAACAAAUGAUACAAAAUAAUAAAAGUAUUUUUUUCCUGGGAAAAAAAAGA